AUGCCUCCUCCCUCGCGGCGACGCGGGGGUGGGAGCGGAGGAGACGCGCCUUCCUCCCCGCGCGCUGACGGCGGCGCGGCGGGCAAGCGCGCACUUGCGCACAGGGCGGCGCACCACCCGCACCGAGGGAAGGCUGCCCCCGCAAACCUGGCGUGGAAUGCGGCGGUUCUUGCGCUGGUGCUGGCUGCGGGAUGCGCGGCGGCGGUGAUCGUCGUGCUGACGUGGGGCGACGCGCUCUUCGGCUCCUCCGAGAAGCAGCGCCACCUCACGCCGCUCAACGCGCCGCGCGUGGCGGAUCUCCCCAUGUUCAAGGGCAGGUAUGCAGAGGAGAUGCUGUGGGGAACCUAUCGCCCCCAACUCUACCUCGGCAUUCGCCCACGCCUGCCCCAGUCGGUGGUGGCGGGAGUGAUGUGGUGGGCGCCGAGGCAGGACGACUUUGUGGUGCGCCACACGUGCGAGCAGCACGACCCCGUCCUGCACUCAUACUCCUGGCUGCGCCAUGACGGCCGCCGCUACGCCCGCCAGGAGGUGAAGGACGGCCCGUUCGACCUGAGCAUGGGGUUCCUCAAGUCCUUCAACGGCAGCACGGGGUACGGUGGUGACUGGGCCGUGCGCGUGGCCGUGGACCUCAGCCGUGAGAGGGUGGGCGGCGCAGUCAACGCCCAGUCAAUGCCAUUCACGUUCUUCUUCUACGUGGCGGACGAGGCGGGCGCCCCGCUGCUGGCAGUGCCCUCGCCCCUCGACGUGGCCCGCCUUGUGCUGCACCCCGCCGCUGCCGCUGGGGCGGGUGGGGGAGAGGGCGCGAGUGGCAGUGCGGGGCGAGCGGGGGCGGAGAGUGACAAGGAGUGGGUGAGAGGGGGUUUUGAUGACGAGGAGGACGAUGAGGAGGACGAGGAUGAGGAGGAGGAGUGUGCGUGUUGCACUCACGCCUCCCACUGCUGCCUCUCAACCCAAACCUCUUCUCUGCCCCCCCACACGCGCAUCUCCCCUGCCCGCAAGCAGCAGGCGGAGGGGCCGGGGGCGACGUAUGAGGCGAUGCACACGCGGCACAUGCACAACCUGUCAGACGCUGUCAAGGCUGCUCUCAUCCGCCACGUACGUGCUUUCAUUCCGUCAAGGCUGCUCUCAUCCGCCAUGUAUGUGCUCUCAUCCGCCAUGUAUGUGCUCUCAUCCGCCAUGUAUGUGCUCUCAUCCGCCAUGUAUGUGCUCUCAUCCGCCAUGUAUGUGCUCUCAUCCGCCAUGUAUGUGCUCUCAUCCGCCAUGUAUGUGCUCUCAUCCGCCAUGUAUGUGCUCUCAUCCGCCAUGUAUGUGCUCUCAUCCGCCAUGUAUGUGCUCUCAUCCGCCAUGUAUGUGCUCUCAUCCGCCAUGUAUGUGCUCUCAUCCGCCAUGUAUGUGCUCUCAUCCGCCAUGUAUGUGCUCUCAUCCGCCAUGUAUGUGCUCUCAUCCGCCAUGUAUGUGCUCUCAUCCGCCAUGUAUGUGCUCUCAUCCGCCAUGUAUGUGCUCUCAUCCGCCAUGUAUGUGCUCUCAUCCGCCAUGUAUGUGCUCUCAUCCGCCAUGUAUGUGCUCUCAUCCGCCAUGUAUGUGCUCUCAUCCGCCAUGUAUGUGCUCUCAUCCGCCAUGUAUGUGCUCUCAUCCGCCAUGUAUGUGCUCUCAUCCGCCAUGUAUGUGCUCUCAUCCGCCAUGUAUGUGCUCUCAUCCGCCAUGUAUGUGCUCUCAUCCGCCAUGUAUGUGCUCUCAUCCGCCAUGUAUGUGCUCUCAUCCGCCAUGUAUGUGCUCUCAUCCGCCAUGUAUGUGCUCUCAUCCGCCAUGUAUGUGCUCUCAUCCGCCAUGUAUGUGCUCUCAUCCGCCAUGUAUGUGCUCUCAUCCGCCAUGUAUGUGCUCUCAUCCGCCAUGUAUGUGCUCUCAUCCGCCAUGUAUGUGCUCUCAUGCACGGGCUGCCAUGCACGGGCUUACCAGGCCACCCAGCAGCCAACGCUGGGCAACAAGGCACAGCCGCGCGCCAACGUGGCAAUCAUCCAGCUGACAGUGUGGCUGCCAGCAGUGGUGGACUUUGUCUUCCUCUCCGGCCUCCCCGCUCCCUCUGCUGCGCAAUCGUCCUCACAACAAGCCGCCACUCGCCUCAACCUCCUCUCAGGCCCUGCGCUGGCGCGGCGCAUGGGGGAGGCAGACGCGGCAGUGGAGCGCCGCAUGGAAGCUUCCUUCCCGGUGGCCCCCGAGCUGGCAGAGAAGAUCCCCGGAGUGGGGGACGCUGUGAAGGCAGCGCUGAGCAACCUCAUCGGAGGCAUGGGGUACUUCCAUGGCCGCUCCCGCAUCGCCAUUCCUCCCCACCUCAAGGACCCCAGCGACCCAGUGGGCUACUGGCAGUACUGGGCGGCAGCACUGUUCACCGCCACGCCCAGCCGCCCCAUGUUCCCACGGGGCUUCCUCUGGGACGAGGGCUUCCACCAACUCACCCUCAGGCGGUGGGACGAGCGCAUGGCAAUGGACGCGGUGGGGCACUGGCUGGAUCUUCUCAACGCGGAUGGCUGGAUCCCCCGCGAGCAGAUCCUGGGGGAUGAGGCGCGCAGCAAGGUACCGGAGGAGUUCAUACAGCAGCAUGUGACCAACGGCAACCCGCCCACGCUCUUCCUGCCUCUCACCGAGAUUGCUGAUCUGGCAGCUCACAGUGCUGCCACGUGUCAACGGCUGCCAAACGGGUCGUUUGUGCCAAAGGAGGGGGUGGGGAAGGGAGUGGGGGCAGGAGGCGGGGAGGCAGAGGGGUGUGAGCGGGUGUCGUUCCUGCAUGCAUGCUUGCCGCGCCUCAAGGCGUGGUUUCGCUGGUUCAACUCCUCGCAGGCUGGUGCGUGUGGGCGGGCGGCUCACUGCUGGGUGGAUGUGAAAAGCAGAGCGCUUGUGGGAAGCAGUGUGUGGGGGCGCACAAAGUGCUAUGAGAGGGGCAGCGCUAUGAGAGGGGUUGCAGCAGGAGCUCACCUCACUGCUGCCUCGCUGGGAUGGUGGAAUGCGGGCAUGGCAUGCAAGGGAAGAGUGGAUGUUGCGGUUAGAGGAAGGGGGUUCCCCCACAUGGGUCUACCACCACCACCACCACCACCACCACCACCACCACCACCACCACCACCACCACCACCACCACCACCACCACCACCACCACCACCACCACCACCACCACCACCACCACCACCACCACCACCACCACCACCACCACCACCCCCCCCCCCCGCCACCACCGCCGCCGCCGCCGCCGCCGCCGCCGCCACCGCCACCACCGCCACCGCCACACCGCCGCCGCCAUUACUCCAUUGCCCUGCCGCCCCCUUCACGUGGUUGAGGUGGGUGGCAGGUGUGCUCUCCCUCCCAUGCAUCGCCCUCUCUCCUUUCCUCCUCUGCCUUUUAUCAGGGAAGCUGCCUGGAAGCUAUUACUGGCGGGGCCGGGAUGCCAGCACUGUGCGCGAGCUCAACCCUAAGACGUUGCAGUCAGGACUGGACGACUACCCGCGGGCCUCCCACCCGUCGGAGGACGAGCGACACGUGGAUCUGCGCUGCUGGCUCGCCACCGCUGCUGCUGCCAUCGCCAAGAUCGGCAGUGUGGUGGGGGAGGAUGUGCAGGAGUAUGAGGCCACAGCCCAGCACCUCACGGACUUCACGCGUCUCAAUGAGCUGCACUGGGACAGCAGGAGGCAGCGCUACGCUGACUAUGGCAACCACACCGAUAAGGUGCGGUUGGAGGUGGUGGAGGCGGUGGACCCGGUGACGCACAGCGUGCGACGGGAGCAGCGCCGCGUGGUGAAGGGCACUCCCACACUGCGACUCGUGCCACACUUCGGAUACGUCUCACUCUUCCCGCUGCUGCUGCGCUUGAUUCCGCCUCAUGCGAGUGAGUUGGGGCAGCAGCUGGAGGCGCUGCGCGAGGAGAAGCUGCUGUGGACGCCCUUUGGCCUGCGCUCCCUCGCCACCACCAGCGCGCUGUACAUGCGGCGCAACACGGAGCACGACCCACCGUACUGGCGGGGGCCCGUGUGGAUCAACGUCAACUACCUCGCACUCUCCGCCCUGCGCUUCUACUCCACUCAGGCAGGCCCACACAGGGGCAGGGCAGCAGAGUUGUAUGGGGAGCUGCGCUUCAACCUCGUCAGGAACAUUGUGGAACAGUACCAAGAGAGUGGGUAUUUCUGGGAGCAGUAUGACAACACAGCGGAUGGCAAAGGGAAGGGAGCUCAUCCAUUCACCGGAUGGACUGCCUUGCUUGUCCUCAUUGCAUCCGAUGCUUUGUGA